AUGAAAAAUGCAGCAGAUUUGGAAUUAUCAAUACUUCGAGAACAUCAAGAAAAACUUGAAAAAGAAAAGAAGUCUUCAUCAACAACAAAAAUUGAAGAUUUAUCCACAACUUUUGAUUUAUUUGCAGCUUUGGGUAUACAACCACCUAAAGAGAAAGGGUCGGGUGAAAAAGGAAAUGAAAAUAAAUUACCAAAUUCUGAUGCUGAAUUUGCUGCUUGUAUUCUUGGUUUGCCUAUUGAUCAAAUUGCUAAAAUUAUGCCUAAUGUUAUCCCAUCAAUAAAUAAUAAUAAUGAUUCAAUACAACAAAAGCAUCAACAGCAGCAACAUCAACAACAAACAUUAGGAGAUCAUCAACCAACUACAAGUCGUUUACUUCGUUGGCAACAAAAAGCAACUUUUACAACAACAAAUUUAAAUACUGCUGCAAUAUCAGAAAAUAAUUUAAAUAAAAUUGGAGGAGGAGGGGGAGGAGAUGAAGAAUUGAAAAGUUUAAUAAGAAAGGAUUUGAUGAUGAAUAAUGAAGAAUCUACUACUAGUAAAAUGAACAAACAUUUGUUGUCUCUUCGAGCAGCACAAUUUGUUCCACAACAACCUUUUGUUUUCAAUCCCAGAAAUUCAUCUUCAUCACCAGCUCCAUCUUUUCAACAUCAACAACAUCAACAACCUUCACCAAUUUUAUCUCAACAACAUCAACAACAACAACGUCCAGCUAGUGCAGAAUAUUCUUCUCGUCUUUUUGCUUCAUCAUUUCCAUAUCCAAUAAUUGAUCAACAUUGUAGUCCACCACCUCAACUUACUCAAUUAUUUAAUUCUUCGGGAGCUGCUACAUUUGGUGGAGGUGGGGGAGGAGGAGGACCACCUUCCUUUGGAGGAGGAGGACCGCAUUUUGGAAGUGGAGGAAUUAAUCCUUUUGGAAGCGGUCAAUUUCCUGGUGGAAUGGGAGGAAAUCAAUACAACAAUCAACAGCAACAUCUUGGAGGUCCUCAUCAUCUUAACAACAAUUUUGGACCGCCUAUACCUCCAUAUGUUCCAAAUAUGCCUUUUACACCACCUUCACAUCAACAACAAUUUUAUCCUCCGUUUGGUGUGCCGACGGUUGGAGGAGGACCAGGGGGUCCAGGAUUUGGAGGAGGAAUGGGAGGUGCUGCUAGUGGUGGAGGUGGAAGUUUAACUUCAAACAAUUCUUCUGCUCUUUUACAAAAAAUGUUUGCUGAAGCAAAACGUAAUGAAUUUAUGCAAUCUCAAUCUGGUGGAAGAGCUAUGAUGGUAAGAAGGAAAAAAUUUUUUUCUUGA